AAGUACAAAACAUAAAUAAACGAAUAAUAACAAAAACUCCGGACUAAAAUGGAUAAACUGACUACAAUUAGUGCAACGCUUUUCAUGGCGGCCGAUGUUUUUGCGAUUGUAAGUCUGGCUCUGCCGGAUUGGAUCAUCACGGAGUCGGGAACAGGUGACAUUCGACUGGGGCUCAUGUGGACCUGCAUGACGCUAUAUAAUCGGCCCCAGGUGUGCUACACCCCCGAUCUGCAACCGGAAUGGCUGAUCGCCCUGAUCUGCGUAUUCGUGGGCUGCAUCUGCGUAACCACCACCGUGAUCCUGCUGGCCUCAUCCUCCUGCAACCGGAAUGUGAUUCCCUACGCCCGCUGGGUGGGGUUCACCGCGAUGGUGCUGUUUUGCAUGGCGGCCGUCGUCUUCCCGCUGGGAUUCCACGUCGAGGAGAUCGGCGGACAGGCCUACCAGCUGCCCAACACCUUCAAGAUCGGCAUAUCCUACAUCAUGUUCGUCCUAGCCCUGUGGAUCACCGUGGUCUCCGAGCUUUUUGCUGGCAAGGUCUGCCUGCCGCACUUCUAGAGACGCGACCACGGCAUCGCUAGAUUCCUGAUUUUCUUUGCAGUUUGCUCUGUGAUUUGUUAUACCUUUUGUUUCUCCCUGAUUUUUCUCGCUCUCAGUCCGUAGAGUCGAGUCCCAACUCCAUAUCUUAGUUAGUGUAAGUCUAGUAACAGAUGUGUCUCGUAACUGAGCUGGAAACUAAAAAUAUGUGCUAUAUUUGAAUCCAUAAAGUUUUUUUUUCUCAUCAUGCUUAUAAGUAAAAAGUACCUCUCGAAUUAACUUCUGGAUGUUUUAAAUGUAAAGUUCUUUAAAGUCUUAACGGGAUGAAAAUCCUUAUAAAAUAUUUUUAUAAGAAUAUGCUUUUAGAAUUUCAGCUCAAAAUUAGAGAAUCUGUGCAUAAAUGAAUCUCUUAACUUUAGUUAGUACAAAUUUUGUUAUAAAAAUAUACACAUUAUCUUCCAACCGAA